AUGUCCAAGGAGACUGCUCAAAACAAGAACGCCGUCAACUAUAUUGAGAAGGUUGAAUCGAAGAUCAAUGAAAUAGAUCAAGAGAGAGACGAAAAGGUGAAAGAGAAAGAAGGGAGCAACAAGGCACCAAAUCCGCAUGAUCAAAAACCAAAGAUACAGAAAGCGCCUAUGGUUCUCAGAGAUCGCCAAAACUAUUUGGACAAGUACUUUAAGCCGAGAGUGGUAUCCAUAGGCCCCAUUCACCAUGGAGAUAAGAAGGUGAAGCAAUGGGAGAAGUACAAGACUAGAUUGGCCGCCAAAUUCAUUGAAAGCAGCAGCAGCCCCAACAACAAGACGACACUCUCUUUCUUUGACACAAUUAAAGGCAACAUUUCCGAGUUGAAAGAGUUAUUCGAUGAAGAGAUGGAUCAACUAGUUGUCGUUAUACAUGAUUUGUUCUUUCUAGAGAAUCAAAUCCCUUUACGUGUUCUCGAGCUGUUGAUCAACAAUCUUGAUGAUGGUGCUCAAAAGAAUGAUCUGAUGAAUUCGAUCAAGACAUUCAUUGUCAAUAACGUUAUGGCACCAAACGAGUACUGCCAAGAAAUUCUUGGAGAAGAAGCAACUAGAGCAAUUUUUGAAGAGAACAAUCUAUUAAAAUCAACUCAACUUCUUGAGCUUCUCCAAAAACAGGAAAAAUCUCAAUCAUUUCGCAACGUCGAGGAACUAAAAGCAGCGUGGAUCAGCGUGGAACCAAGUAAGAAAUGUUGGCCAUUGAAACAAGUAAGGUUCAUACCAUGGUCCAAGAGAGAAUUAUAUAGUUGUUAUAAAUUUAAACCCGUGCUUGAACUUCCUCGCUUAAUGGUUGACGACUCCAUGGGAGCUAAGUUCAUGAACCUGAUCGCCUACGAGAUGUGUCCUGACAAUUUCAGGACACAGUACGAAGUCACAUCAUACAUAUGUUUCUGGGAUUCACUCAUUGAUAAUCAGAGCGACGUCAAGGCCCUAAGGUCCAAAAAGAUUCUGGUCAACCAUCUUGGUAGCGACCAAGAAGUAACUGAUAUGUUCAAUGAGAUAGCCAAUGAUUUGGUGCCUAGCCCUUACAUGUACAAGAAUGUCAAGAAUGAUAUACAGAGGCUGUACAAUAUGAAGUGCAUGACUUGGCUGGCCGAAGCCUACAGCAACCAUUUUAGUAGUCCUUGGACCACCAUGGCUUUCCUUGGUACAGUUGUUGCGCUUUUUUUGAGUGGAGUCCAGACUUGGUAUACAAUUUACCCAGUGGAAUAG